AUGACAGACCUCAACGUCUCGCCAAUAUCUCAGCUGCUGCACUCGUUGGGCAUGACCCGCGAGGACCUCAACAAGCGCAGCAAUGAAAUGCGACAAUUUCUCACAGCAAACGACUCGAUGCCCUCACGCGUUCCUGAGCUCACCUCGGGUUAUAGGUCGAGGUCCAGUUCUGACCUGCGCUCGGGAACGCGCUCGGCAAGCUCGUCCUUCUCGCUAUCGCGCUCUAUUUCGCGUGCGAGCUCGCACUCUCGCCGCGAAGGGUCACCGCCCAGUACACCCAUCAAGUCGGAACAAUCAGAGGGGGGACUUCCAAGUCGGCCCAUGGACAACAUGGAAAUUAUCAUCGAGCGACAACGGCAAACGAGGAAGGAACGCAGGAGUAGGAAGGAUAAGGAGCGGGCUGUUGCGGGCAAGUCGCUGGUGCCGCCGCCAUCACCAUCGCCCAGUAGUACGUCACAGUCGGCAGUGAGCUUGGAUUCGUUCAUGCAAUCACGCGACGAUCGUCCUCAAUCGGCGGCGGGGAGCGAGUCUGCGUCUGCAACGACGUCUUCAGAGGUCCUCGAUCCUCCCCCAGUCACUCCACAUAAAAGUAAAUAUUACCGCGAACACACUAUCCACAUGUCAAAUCCUCGCCCUCGCAAGGAUACGUCUUGUAAAGCUGAGACACCAACACCGACAAAACUGCCCUCCCAACCGCCCGUCCCGAGCCACCCCAUUCCAGCAUACUACCCUUUUCCUCCUUUCGCAGCAUAUGGACAGUAUAUACCAGGUCACUAUCCUAUCCCCCACGCGUCAACCUCUGCCCUCCCCGUGACACCCCAGUCCAACCGAAUUCUCACCUCCCAUUCCACCGCGAAACCCCCAGCGAAAUCUUCCACGCCUCUCCCCGCGUCCUCACCCAUGCAUGCAUCUUCCUCACCGCCGCCCUCUUCACCGGCUCCUCAAAUAGUCAACCUAGUCUCGUCGCCCGGACCCAUGGGCUCUUCCCCUGCCAAGGAGCAGUACGAUAAGCUGCCCUUUAAACUUCCUCCUGGCCCUUAUUCGUCCAAGAAGCCCGACCUCUCGUACGCUGCUCUCGUUGGACAAGCUAUCCUUGCUUCUCCCGACCACCGUCUUACCCUGCAGGAAAUUUACGACUAUAUUACGAUUGUCUAUCCGCAUUACAAGCGCGGUGAGACUACGUGGAUGAAUAGUAUCCGGCACGUUCUCAGCACCACGGCUGUCUUCCGCAAGGUUCCGCGGGAUCGUUCUGUCGGCAGGACGCUAUGGGCAAUCUAUGACGAAGAUAUAGAGUGCUUCAAGGGUGGUGGAUUCAAGAAGCAUUUAUGCAAGGAUAUGGUUAAGCAACAAGCGGAGAAAGACAAGAAGAACAAAUCCCGGAAGCGCUCGGAUGUCGAAGAAGACGCGAGCGCCGAGACUAGGAAGCCCAAAAGGUCGAGGAAGGACACUUCACACAAGGUUUCGAACAGCUCUUUCUCCGCUCCCGACGCGUCUGCUUCUGGGACUCUCUCGCAGGUCCCUCUUCUGAACCCUCAACCGUCUUUUAUGGUGGCGGGGACAUCUUCCCAUCCGUUCUUCCCUCGUCCUACCCCACAUCAUCAGCCAUACUAUGAAAGCUGUCUGCCACAACCACAACUCCUCCCAGCUGAAGUUAUUUUCCCUCCACUUCCCCCAACCGCAGCCUUGGCUUCUCGUUCAACGUCGGUUACCUCUGACGACAAAGGGUCUGGACGCGCGCCAACGCCGCCACCGCCUAUUGAGAAGACAGCAUCUGAAGCGACAGACGUUUCAGAGUCUUCAUCAUUAUUAUCGGUACCCGAGUUGACGCCGAACCGAAGUUCCUCAACUACCCCUCCGUCGUCUGUGCCUGCCACGAGUGAUAUGGACAUUGAUCUCACCGAGGCUAAAUCCACCGAGAAUGGAAAGAUCUCCGAGAGUAAUGGUGCUAUCGCUAUCGCCGGUGUCGACGAUAACGCUAAUGGCCGCGAAACAAGUUCCUCUUCGCUUGCCAUCGAUGAUGAUAACGUCUUCAAUAGUUCAUUGCUUGGGCCUGUUCAGUUCUGGGGUGAAUCCCCUAGAACUGCUAGUCUGUUGCAGCCGGGCAUAGAGUUGCUGAAUUUUGAUGCAAUGGCGGAUGACGAGGAGGAGGAGGAGGGGGAAAAAGCGCUGAACUCCAAGGGCCAGCUUUUGGGACGAAAGAUCACAAUGUUCCCUCCCGUUCCCGCGUCGCCGACCUUGGGUCUACGGUCGAAGACAGGGGCCAGUGGAGAGUCUUCGUUGUCUUUCAAAGAGAUCGGGCGGCCCAAGACCCCAAGCGGCUCCAAACCGCCCUCAGCCGACUCUGGGGCACCGUCAACCCCUCCUCGCCGCGUUAAACUGUCCUCCACCCGCACCCCCAUUUCGCACAAGGGUCUACACAUGAGCCCUUCAGCCAGUCUCGCACACUACAAGUCGAAUCUAGACCCCCCACGCACCGAGCGGCUUGAGCCACCUCCCCUCCUGUCCUUCAGCAAGUCGGCUGAAACGGAGACGUUGGCUUCUCUCCAGGACGAGGGUUAUGAUCCUAUGCGGACUCCUCGCCGGUCGAGUACACAUGGAGGAUCAUCAUCGCUUGCUGGCGCACCACCUAUCACGCCCAAGCGAGGGGGUGGGUUUGAGUCGCUUUUCCGGACUCCUGCUGGGUUCUCUCCAUUCCGUACACCACGGUCAAGAGCGGUAAUGGAUCCCAAUGAUCCCCGCGUCCUGCUCGAUGAAGAAUUGAGCCGGCCAUCGUUAAUUGACGAUAGCCCGGGGGGUAUCUUUGGCAAAGGCAAACUGCUGUAUGAAAGUCCUGGCUUUGAUAGCUGGGCCAAUAGUCCGAAGAAGUACUGGCAUUGGUGA